AAAAGCAGACACUAAGGUUUCACUUUCAUUUGCUUUUUUCUGUUGCGCAGAUUAUUUUCUAUCAAUCUCCUAGGAAAGGUAAUUUAUUCGUUACGGACAGAACAAUAUAAACAAUAAUUAAUCUAUCAGUAGGAUUUCUCUUUAUGAUUUCUUUGAUGCUACGGGACUCAGCGGCAACUGUUUAGUCACGAGGAUUGAAUGCAAACAGAUGAGGGUGAAAUGUGAGUCUAAGCUGCUGUUCUGAAUUUGGCAUUAUGGAAACAUCUGAGGACAAAGAAGAGGAAGUUCCUUGCUGUGAAAGCACUCUAUGUAAGGAAGAAGAGGAUCAGAGGGAACAAAAGAAACAAGAACCUGGACCAAGCUGUCUGUCCAUCAAGAGCAGCCACUCAAAACGGGAUGGUAUUAAUUUUAAUCUUGACCAACCCUCAGUUCCAAACAGGCAACAAAAGAAACAAGAACCUGGACCAAGCUGCCUGUCCAUCAAGAGCAGCCACUCAAAACGGGAUGGUAUUAAUUUUAAUCUUGACCAACCCUCAGUUCCAAAAAGGCGUGAACAGAGCACUGAUGUUGGCCAAACUGCCCAUGAGCAUCUAAUGCAGCUACACCCCAUUUUUAGGGAACUGGAGAAAAAGAUUGUGACAUUUGUGAAAGAUGAGCUGAAGGAGAUCGAAAAAGUCUUGAGUCCAGAGGGUCAGGAAGAGGUAAAAGAAGUGUCUGGAAAUAGGAAUGAAAAGCACAAGAGCAGCAUCAGAAAGGCGUUUUUAAAAAUCACUGUGAACUUCUUGAGAAUGAUGGAUCUGGAUGAUCUAGCUGACCUUCUGCAGAACAAAUCACUCAUCACAUGUCAGCAAACACUAAAGUCUAACCUGAAGGAGAGGUUCCAGCAUGUGUUUGAAGGGACUGCUAAAUCAGAAAGUCUAGCCCUUCUGAAUCAGAUCUACACAGAGCUCUACGUCACAGAGGGAAACUCUGGAGAGGUUAAUGAUGAACAUGAGGUCAGGCAGAUUGAAGCAUUUUCCGGGAAACCAGACAGACCAGAAAUGGUAAUUAGACAUGAAGACAUAUUUAAACCCUCACCUGAUAGAGAUGAACCAAUCAGAGCAGUGAUGACAAAGGGAGUAGCUGGCAUUGGGAAAACAGUCCUAACACAGAAGUUCACUCUGGACUGGGCAGAAGACCAAGCCAACCAGGACAUCCAGUUCAUGUUUCCAUUCACAUUCAGAGAGCUGAAUCUGUUAAAAGACCAGCAGUUCAGCUUGGUGGAGCUUGUUCACCAUUUUUUUAGUGAAACCAGAGGAAUCUCCAGGUUUGAAGAGUUAAAGGUUGUGUUCAUCUUUGACGGGUUGGAUGAGUGUCGACUUCCACUGGACUUCCACAACAAUGAGAUCUUGGAAGAUGUAAGAAAGUCUAUGUCAGUGGAUGUUCUUCUGACAAACCUAAUCAGCGGGAACCUGCUUCCCAAAGCUCACCUCUGGAUAACCACACGACCUGCAGCAGCCAUUCGGAUCCCCACUGAGUGUGUUGGCAAGAUGACGGAGAUUAGAGGAUUCACUGACCCACAGAAAGAUGAGUACUUCACAAAAAGAUUUGAAUCUAAGAAGCAGGCCAGCUUGGUAAUCUCCCAUGUAAAGAAAUCAUGAAGCCUCCACAUCAUGUGCCACAUCCCAAUCUUCUGCUGGAUCACUGCUAAAGUUGUGGAAGACAUGUUGAACAAGAAAGAUGGAGAAGAACUGCCAAAGACCCUGACUGAGAUGUACAUUCAUUUUCUGGUGGUGCAGAACAAACUGAAGGGCAUCAAGUAUGAUGGAGGAGCUGAGACAGAUUCACACUGGAGUCCUGAGAACCAGAAGAUGAUCAAGUCGUUGGGAAAACUGGCUUUUGAUCAGCUGCAGAAAAGAAACCUGAUCUUCUAUGAAUCAGACCUGGCAGAGUGUGGCAUUGAUGCCAGAGCAGCUUCAACAUACUCAGGAGUGUUCACAGAGAUCUUCAGAGAAGAGAGAGGGCUGUACCAAAACAAAGUCUUCUGCUUCGUCCACCUGAGUGUUCAGGAGUUUCUGGCUGCUCUUCAUGUUCACCUGACCUCUAUUAAUCCCGAAGUCAAUCAGCCAGAAAAAGAGAAAAUUAAAUCCAUAGAUCCUGAAUUAGGAAACUUCAAAUCUGCAGAGAUGGCUUUCUACAAGACAGCUGUGGACACGGCUUUAGAGAGUCUAGAUGGACACCUCGACUUGUUCCUCCGCUUUCUACUGGGUUUUUCACUGGAGACCAAUCAGACUCUGAUGAGGGGGCUGAUAUCACACACAGAAAGCAAAUCACAGAACAAUCAAGAAAUAGUACAGUUCAUCAAAAAGAAGAUAAGUAAAAAUCUUUCUGUAGAGAAAAGCAUCAAUCUGUUCCACUGUCUUAAUGAACUAAAUGAUCAGUCUCUAGUGGAGGAAAUCCAACAAUAUCUAAGUACAGGAAGUCUUUCAGCACAGCAGUUGUCUCCUGCUCAGUGGUCAGCUCUGCACUUCAUCCUACUUUCAUCAGACAAAGAUCUGGAGACAUUUGACCUGAAGAAAUACUCUGCUUCAGAAGAUGCUCUACUGAGACUGCUGCCAACAGUCAAAGCCACUAACAAAGCUAUACUCAGCGGCUGUAACCUCUCAGAGGGAAGCUGUGAAGCUCUGUUCUCAGUUCUCACCUGUCAGGAUUCUUGCCUGAAGGAGCUGGACCUGAGUAACAACAACCUGGGUGAUUCAGGAGUGGAGCUGCUCUGUGACGGACUGAAGAGUCCAAACUGUGAACUCGAAAUUCUCAGGCUUUCAGGAUGUUUGAUCACAGAGGAAGGUUUUGCUGCUCUGGCCUCUGCUCUGAUGCUGAAUCCCAGCCACCUGAGAGAGCUGGACCUGAGUUACAAUCAUCCAGGAGAGACAGGAGCUCAACCUCUGUUAGCUGGACUGGAUGAUGCAAAAUGGAAACUGGAGACUCUGAACUUGGAUUCUGCUGGAGUCCAGUGGUUAACUCCAGGUCUACGGAAGUAUUCCUGUCCUCUCACAGUCGACCUGAACACCAUGAACAAAUAUCUCAAAUUGUCUGACGAAAACAGGAAGGUGACACGUGUGGCAGAAGAGCAGCAAUAUCCUGAUCAUGAAGACAGAUUUGAUCUCUAUCAGCUGCUGUGUACUGAUGGUCAGACUGGUCGCUGUUACUGGGAAGUUGAGUGUGGUGGGAAGGUCUGCAUAUCAGUAAAUUACAAGGGUAUCAAAAGAAAAGGAGAGAAUGAUAACUCCUGGUGUUUAAUCUGCUCUGAUGAUGGUUAUGCUGUUUGGAACAACAGUAAAAAAAAAGCUUUUAUCCGUUCAUCCUCCUUAUCCAAAGUGGCUGUGUAUGUGGACUGUCCUGCUGGGACUCUGUCCUUCUACAGAGUCUCAUCAGACACACUGAUCCACCUCCACACCUUCAACACCAAAUUCAGUGAACCUCUUUAUCCUGGAUUUGGGUUCAGGAGUCGCACUAGGGUGUCUUGGUGCUCAUUUUAGAGUUACCAGACAACUUUACAUGUGUUUUAUCCAAUACAUCGGUUUUCAGAUGAAUGUAAUAUUGAUUGCUGCAUAAGUGCUGUACCUUUACAGAUCAUCAGUAAAAUUAAAUUUACAUAUCACCUUUCGGGAGAUAAAAAUCAAUAGGUUCUUCACAAUAAACUAACACAUCAACCAAAGAGCCAAAAAUGCUUAAAAAACAAGAAAAAAUAAUAAAGAGCAUAUAAAAAUGGAACCUAUAGAGUCCACCAAUCUCAAGUCAAAAGGAAAAGUCCGUCUUACUUUGUUUGUGACUUAGUGUGGGGAGUCAUGCUAUCUACAUUAUUGAUACAGUUUUGCUUGAAGUGCACAACAUGCUAAUGUGACAAUAAUGACAACAUUGCGUUCUUGUGAAUGCAAUGUUGUGAAACAAAAUAAAGAUUAAACAGUAAUAUAAAUACUUGGAAAUAUAUGUUGAUACUAAUAUGAGAUAAACUUAGUUAUCUUGCAAAAGCAUUUCCCUUUUAACUUUUUUAACACUUGGUAGAAUCACAUAAUUAUGGUUCUUUACAUCUCCUAGUUUAAUGUUAUGGUUCUCCACAUUUUUAUUACAGUUAACUUGGAUGAACUCAAUCCCUGUUGCCAUGUAUGCUAUAAUUACUAAUCACUUAAUUAAGCCAUAAAAAUAUUGACUCUCAGAUUAAUUAAGGCCCAAAGCCAGAAUCAUUCACUGAUGUCUUCUUUUUCCUUACAGCACUGAAGCAACUGGGAUAACAUUGUUACUUGUUUUUUUAGCAGAAAUAUGACUAUCUAAGUAAAUUUGUAAUUCCUAACUUAACCAAUUUGAUUAUAUAUUAAAUGAAUGGUGGGGACGAUGGUAGGAGUUUACCGUUUGUUGGCUGCUCUGUUUGCCCAUCUCACUGUGUCCUUGUGCCCUCUGAUCAUCUGUCUGCUGCUGGUUAAAGAGCCUGGUUGAGCCUGGAGCCUCCAGGCAGCUACUAUCCGGUAGCUUCCUGCCAUCAACAUGAAUGUGUGAGUGAAUGACUGAAUGUAAAGUGAAGGUCCUCUGUACUUGAUAUAGUGCAGUACAAGUUCAGGCUUUUUUAUUUGCUGUUAAAUUAAUCAUGAUUUUUGCCAUCUGAACUAAAAACCUGUAUUAAAACAUUAGCUUUGAAAUAAUCUAUCAAUGUGUAAUAAUUUAUAUAUUUCUAAUAAAAAACUGUGAUGGUUGAAAA